CUAACCGCCCCCCCUCGCGCCACUUCCGGCGUUCCGUUCCCCGUUGCGCUCCGCCGCCCGCCCGCCCGCGGAGCCCUGGUUCCGGCGGGGCGAUGCUGCUCGGCGGUGUGGCGGAGGCGGGCGGCGCCGUGCGGCGGCUGCUGCGGGCCGGGGCCGCGGCCAGGCACAAAGCGAUGAAGAACUGGGGCGUUAUCGGGGGGGUGGCCGUGGCGCUGGCCGCGGGGAUGUACGUGCUGUGGGGGCCCAUCACCGAGAGGAAGAGGCGCAGGAGAGGGCUUGUACCUGGCCUUCUGAAUUUGGGGAACACAUGUUUCAUGAACUCUUUGCUGCAAGGCUUAUCUUCCUGCCCGUCUUUCAUCAAGUGGCUGGAGGAGUUCACAGCACAGUACAAGACGGAGCAGAGCCAGUUCACUGAGCACCAAUACCUGUCAGUCACACUGCUGCGUCUCCUAAGAGCUUUAUCCUGUCAAGAGGCAACAGAAGAUGAUGUCCUGGAUGCAAGCUGCCUCUUAGAAGUUCUAAGAAUGUACAGGUGGCAGAUCUCAUCAUUCGAAGAGCAGGAUGCUCAUGAACUGUUUCAUGUCCUUACCUCUUCACUAGAAGACGAACGGGAUCGUCAGCCCCGUGUGACACAUUUGUUCGAUGUGCACUCGCUGGAGCAGCCAGAAAUAACCCAAAAGCAAAUAAGCUGCAGAACAAGAGGAUCUCUUCCUCUCGUGUCAAAUCACUGGAAGUCUCCACAUCCUUUUCAUGGAAGGCUCACCAGCAACAUGGUUUGCAAACACUGUGAACGCCAGAGCCCUGUGAGGUACGAUACCUUUGACAGUCUCUCACUGAGCAUUCCAGCAGCUGUGUGGGGCCGUCCCAUGACGCUGGACCACUGCCUCCACCAUUUCAUCUCCUCUGAAUCUGUGAAGGAUGUGGUGUGUGACAACUGCACUAAAAUUCAGGCAGAAGGGAUUCUGAAUGGACAGAGCAUAGAAAACCAGAGAACAACAUUUGUUAAGCAAUUAAAGUUAGGAAAGCUCCCUCAGUGUUUGUGUAUCCAUCUGCAAAGACUGAGCUGGUCAAACCAAGGCACUCCUCUGAAGCGUCACGAACACGUGCAGUUCAAUGAGUUCCUCAUCAUGGACAUCUACAAAUACCACGUUCCUGUUCACAAGUCCAGCCAGACUGAGCUGAAUCAGAAGAAGUCUGACGAGACAGCACCUGGAACAAAGGAUGGGAUAGCAGUGAAACCUGCAGGUGCAGAACAACCAUCAGGCACUAAACCACAUUUUGUGAAUGGUGCCUGCCCCUCUUCCUUUUUAAUGUCCUCGGGAGCUUUCCCACUUGCUGCAUUCCCAGAAUGCAGCUCCCCCGUGUACCUUUACCGCCUGAUGGCAGUGGUGGUUCACCACGGCGACAUGCACUCGGGACACUUUGUGACCUACCGUCGCUCCCCGCCUUCCCCCCGCAGCCCCUUCGCUGUCAGCAGCCAGUGGCUGUGGAUCUCAGACGACACCGUCCGCAAAGCCAGCCUGCAGGAGGUCCUCUCCUGCAGUGCCUACCUGCUGUUCUAUGAGCGUGUUCACUCCAGGGUACAGCACCAGAGCUUGGCAUCAAAGGCUGAAGAGUGAUGAAGAGAGCAGAAUUAGGACAAAACCUGACAGAAUCCCUCUAAUGAGGUCUACCUGGCACCUCCUGUUUGUUAUGCAAAUAACCCACCACAGGCCCUUUAACCUUCCCCUCCUCUAUGGCAAAGGCUGGCUCCUGUUGGGAGUUGUGUCUGUACCAAAGUUGGUCUGCUGAUGUUGUGCAGCCCGGAGCAGAGCUGUAUUAAAGGAGUAUUUAUUCUGUUA